AUGGUAGAUUGCCGACAUCAAUACUGUUCACAUCACGCAGGGCUGUGCUUCAUCAGAUGGACGGUCUCGAUGCUUACGGCCACUUACAGCCAUGGUGCAUCGCAAAAUGAGGAUCAUGUGCUAAAGCUCUACAGCCUUGCUGUGGGAUAUAUAGUGUGGUGAAAAUUUACAGAAUUUCCUCAGCCAACAAUGUCUUCCUCAACCCAGGACGUCAUUCCACAACUUGACCUCGGGAACACGUACGGGGCACUUUUUAUCGGGGCUAUCCUUGCAACAAUUCUCUUUGGUGUUACAAGCGUUCAAGCUUUCAUCUACUUUCAGACACAUAAAGGCACGGGGAUGACGCUCUAUAAGCUGGCUGUCAUUUGGCUUUGGACACUUGAUACUCUGCACUUGACCUUGAUAGUCUAUGGCCUCUAUUAUUAUUUGGUGACCAACUACGCCAACACCGCUGGGCUCUCAGAACUUGUAUGGAGUUCCAAACUUCUGAUCCCAGUUGGCACGAUAAUCGUUUGGGGGGUACAUCUUCUAUAUCUUCAUCGCAUAUGGAUAGUCAGUAAGGGCCGAUCAAGAGUUCUCCCUAUUAUAGUGGGCAUAUUUGUGGUCCUAUGUUCAGGUGAGUCAGUCACCUGGAAUUACUACUCCCGCUCGAUCUUCAAAUCAUUUCCAGGAGUUGCCAUCAGUCUUAAUUGGGCCGUAUAUCAGUGCAAAGUGACUGAGGAUUUAAUUAAAAUCGACUGGGCGUUAUACUCGACGUUGGGCACAAUUAGUCUUCUCGAUGUCCUUAUUGCAUCAUCGCUAUGCUAUCUCCUAGCUACCUCCCGUACCGGGUUCUCUAGCACCGAUUCCUUCGUAACAAAGCUCAUGGGUUAUACAGUUAGUACCGGCGGUUUGACGAGUGUAUUUUCAUUGACAUCUAUCAUUACAUGCGCAGCGAUGCCGAAUAACUUCAUCUUCCUCGGUGUUGAAUUCAUAAUGGUGAAAUUAUAUGUCAACUCGUACAUUGCACUCCUGAAUGUGCGAUACUACACACAGGCCGACGCAGACAAUAUUGAUUCUUCCGAGUUCCAUGCCCGCCGCGACUUUUACCGGCCGGAUCUGCGCCUUAGUGCGUCGCAAGACGAGAACUUCCCUGCACCCCGGAAGAGUGUGUUUACACAACCAGAUGAUGAAUUUCCGCAUCUCACUCGACCCGUUCAGGCUACUGUGCGGCCGAUUGAGGUGAAGAUGGAAAUGGAGUCUUUCUCAUCAAUGUGAUGGACUGUUGGCUGUCCGUCUUCUCACCAGAUAGGACUCGCAAAUACCUUAUGGGUUCUUUAUAAGUUAUCACAAUAAAUAUUAAUGCUGGGAACGAGAGGAAUCGGCCACUAGCUAUGCGCUUCUUAUAUUAUUCAAAAUGGGCAUUUCGUUUUGAUGAGCAACUUUUGUGCGAGCUAAUUUAUCUC